UGGGAGCUCGUCUCAAAUGUUUGUAAACAGUCCUAAUUUUUUCAAAUAGUCAUUGUAUGAUGAACUCUAGCUCUACCUUCACCAUUUUUGGUAAAGUAUACUUUUUAGACUAAUCUGUCUGAAGUUUUACUGUUGCAUGUCAGCCAGUCAUUGUGAGUUUUGAUGGUGGUUUUGUAUGUGUUGUGUUUUGUAUCUUCAAGCCAACCAUCUUGAAGUACUUUUGUUGUGUUCUGGAAGUAUUGUUGGAAAAUGCAGCAAUGACUGAUUAAGGACCAAGACCCUCAUCAAUCACGGUCAAAAUGUUUAGCCACGUCUUUUGGAAAAACACAGUUUGGUUGCGUAGAUUCAAGUGGAGGAGUGCUUGCAAAUAUGAAGCUCAUCACACAAAGCUGUUUUGUACUCAAGAUAACAAUGAAUCGUUAUUUGAAAAUUUUGAUCCUUUAGCUGUAAGUGGUGGAAAAGCGGAAAAUCUUAAUGAAUCUAAUGAAUCAGAAUUUGCAUAUUUUGCUGAUGAACAGUUAAAACUGUCAGAAGAAAGUACUCAACCCACACACAGAAAAACAUCUGUAAAGCAAAUGUUGGCGUACACAAACAAAGUUCUUUAUGGUCCACUCCUAGAAACCUCAGCUCAAAGAAAGAGAAACAUUGAAAUAACAGAGGAUGAAACUGGAGUCAGUCAAAAGACCAAAAAGAGAAAGAAAUCCAAGAAGAAUAAACCAGUUAUGACUCUGCAACCUCUUGUUUCAAGGCCAGAAAAUGCACAUCACUUUGGAGAAUUUCCUGGUGAUGAAUUGAAAUCUGUUGAUAAGUUUCAUUAUCAAAGAGUUAAGAUAAAACAUCAACAUGAAACCGGCAGUUUUUCAGACUCAAAGAAUUUUAGACCUGGAAAUAAAAUACUAAUAUUUAAAAAAUCAAGUAAAGAUUCCAUAAAAUAUGAUAACAUUGUCUUCAAUGAUAUCCCAAAGAUUCAAAAAAUAUAUGUAUCCUCUUGGAACCAAGGGAAGGACCAAUGUGAUAAUGAUAAUGCAAGUGGUAUCUCUGAAACAAUCAGUGGUGAUAUUCUGUCCAACAGUAAUGCCGUCCAAGAUAAGUCUCCUGAGAGCACUUAUUUAGCUUCUUGUCCCUCUAAUGUUAAAACUGAAAAUAACCAAGAAAUAGAACAGUUGGAAUCAUUCAGAGAAAAGUCAUUCUUGUUAUCUGUUGACAAUUCAAAAUUUACAUCAGUUCCAAGUAUCAUUGACUGUGAAAUGAUUGAAAGUUUUCCUCUGGAGAAGACAGAAUCUCCAGGUAAAGUAAGUACAACUGCUAUGAACAAAGAUGAAGAAAAUAUUCUUACUAUUGGAAUGUUUGAUGGUGGUUAUCAUAGGCUUCCCAGUGUCAGUACAAUACUAGAGGCCACAAUGCCAGAAAAUCAGAGAAGAAUUCUAGAAAGAUGGAAGGCAAAGAUGAUCAAGGAACUUGGUGAAGAGGGCUUUGAAGAGUAUAGGAAAGGGCUCUUUGAGAAGGGUAAAUUACUCCAUGGCUGUAUACAAUCAGAACUGACAGGCAUAAGCCCUUCAGUGGAAAACAUGCCAACUGUGCAAGGAUUUUGGACUAGCAUCUCUCAUGUCCUGCCAAAGAUUUCUAGUGUAUCUGUCCUAGAAAGCCGGUUGGUGCAUCCAUAUCUCUACUACCAAGGAGCAGUGGACUGUGUAGCUGCCUACAAAGGAAUGCCUGUGCUAAUAGAUUGGAAGACUUCAACUAAACCCAAGCUAACGCUGAAAGCUAUGUAUGAUAAUCCAUUGCAGGUUGUAGCAUAUCUUGGUGCCCUCAAUUACGAUAACAGUUAUCAAUUUUCUCAUCAGGUGCAGUCAGCCAUGUUGGUGGUUGCAUAUGACACUGGGCUUCCUGCACAUGUUCAUAUCAUAGACAAGGACAAAUGUCAAGCAUACUGGAAGGUGUGGUGUGCCAGACUAGUUCAGUUCUGGAGACAGUUGGAGAUUAGGGAGUCUCUAUGAUGUUGGCUAACAUAUAUUAUGAUAGAUUUGUUAAUUCCUAAACUCUGUAAUCUCAUGACUGUAGAAUACAUGAUUUUCCUUUGAAUAAUGAAUAUAAAUUUUGA